AUGGUCCUCGACUUUAUCGGCACGAUCGACUCGGACGACGAGGAGCAGAUCCUCGAAACUCCCCGCGCCGAGAGCAGCAAGCGGGCGUCGGCGGCGGGCGAGAAGACGGACGACCUCGACGCGGAUUUCAACUUUGACCUCGGCGCGAACAAUACCGAGGGUGUGCUCGACCUGUGGGGCGGCGACGAGGUCGAGGGCAAGGACGCGCCCAUUACCGUCGACGACAUUAUCGCCCGGAGGACGGGCAAGCCGCUCCAGAGCUACCGCGAGCGCAAGCGGAGAAGGGACGAGGGGGAGAGUGAUGAGGAGGAGAGCGGGAGUGAGGGAGAUGAGGAGGGGAGCGAUGGGGAGGAUGAUGAGGAGGAGGAGGGUGAUGAGGAGGAGGGCGACGAGGAGGGUAUGGACGUUGACGGCGACGAGGAGGAGGGCGACGACGACGACGACGAGGAAAUCGAGGCCGACUCUGACGCCGACGCCGACUCCGACUCUGACGCCUCCGAAGUCGACGCCGCUGAAGAAGCCCGCAAAGACGCCUUCUUCUCCGCCGACCCAACAGCGACCCAGACCGACCUCCCCAGCACCUUUGCCUCGAUGAACCUGUCGCGACCGCUCCUGCGCGCGCUCACCUCUCUCGGCUUUGCGGCACCCACGCCGAUUCAGUCGCGCGCCGUCCCGCUCGCCCUCCUCGGCCGCGAUAUCCUCGGUUCCGCCGUGACGGGUUCCGGAAAGACCGGCGCGUUCAUGAUCCCCAUCCUGGAGCGUCUGUCGUACCGCGACCGCGGGCGCGGUGGCCAGGCCUGCCGUGUGCUCGUGCUCUGCCCCACUCGUGAACUCGCAGUCCAGGUCGAGCAGGUCGGCAAGGCCCUCGCUGAGCGCGGCGGCCUCGACGUGCGCUUUGCGCUCCUUGUCGGUGGUCUCUCCCUCAACGCACAAGCCCACGCCCUCCGCACCCUCCCCGAUAUCCUUAUCGCCACGCCCGGUCGUCUGAUCGACCACUUGACCAACACCCCCUCGUUCACCCUCUCAGCCCUCGACAUUCUCGUUAUCGACGAAGCCGACCGCAUGCUCGAGGCCGGUUUCACCGACGAACUCAACGAGAUUGUCCGCCAGUGCCCGCGUAACCGCCAGACUAUGCUGUUCUCGGCUACCAUGUCCGACUCGGUCGACGAGCUGGUCAAGCUCUCGCUUGACAAGCCCGUCCGCGUGUUUGUCGAUGCCAAGCGCCACACCGCUGCGGGUCUUACGCAGGAGUUUGUUCGCAUCCGUGAGGACGACCUGCGAUCACCGUCCCUCCUCACCCUCUGCCAGCGUACCGUUCGCGAACGCUGCAUCAUCUUCUUCCGAUCCAAGGCGCUUGCACACCAGAUGCGUGUCGUGUUUGGCCUCUUUGGCCUCAAGGCCGCCGAGCUGCACGGAAACCUCACCCAGGAGCAGCGUCUCGUCGCCCUCAACGACUUUAAGGCCGGCAAGGUCGACUACCUCCUUGCUACCGACCUCGCGUCGCGUGGUCUCGACAUUAAGGGUGUCGAAACGGUUAUCAACUAUGACAUGCCGGGUCAGCUGGCCCAGUACACCCACCGUGUUGGUCGUACUGCCCGUGCUGGACGCAAGGGUCGUUCGAUCACCCUCGUGGGCGAAGUCGACCGCAAGAUGCUCAAGGCUGUGAUCAAGCAGUCCCAGGCCGACCAGAUCCGCCACCGCAUCAUCCCUGGCGAGGCAGUCUCUGCCAUGGCUGAGAAGCUCGACGACCUCAAGGAUGAAAUCACCGACAUUCUCAAGGAGGAGCGUGAAGAAAAGGCCAUGCGCCAGGCCGACAUGGAGAUCCGCAAGGGUCAGAACAUGGUUGAGCACGAGGAUGAGAUCUUCUCGCGUCCUGCACGAACAUGGUUCCAGUCGGAGAAGGAGAAGCAGACGGCCAAGGAAGCUGGCAAGGCGGCCCACGCAGGCACCUCCAAGCAGGCCAAGGACGAACCCGCAAAGAAGAAGGAGAAGCACGGCAAGUACGACGGCAUGUCGCGUAGGCAGAAGCGCCGCAAGAUGGCCGCGGAGGAGGACGCAGCCGACCAGGCGGCCUCGCAGCGUGUGUCGGCGGCUAUCCGCAAUGCAAAGAAGAAGGCGCGUCCGGGCAAGAUCACCGAGCCGGUCAAGCCCGCUGGCAAGGCCAAGGCCAAGAGCGGCAAGAAGCCGGGCCCCAAGCGCAGCGCGUUUGACGACCACGAGGGGAUGCGCGCCAAGCCGACAAAGGUCAACCUGAGCAAGAAGGGCAAGGGCGGCGGCAAGGGGGGUAAGGCGGGUAAGGGCAAGGGGAAGAAGUAGGCGGGGUGCAUUUGCAUAGAGUUUGGGCAUGUAUUCGGUAUGCG